CUGCUCCGGCUCUACUCAAUCGUCCCAAAAAGCCAAAAUCACAUUUUCCACAGAGAAAUCCCCUUUCAUUUUCACCCGGUUUUCCUCUGAUUUUCUAGGCUUCGUCGCCGUCAAUUGCCGGAAAAAAUGGCGGUGCGGGCGGACGAUCGCUUUCCAAGUGACCGGAGCAUCAUCAUCAGCUUGACGUUGCCGUGCCGUCGCGUCUCUCCGAAACCCUAAACCGUAUCAGAGAAAAUCCCAAGCGAAAGCAACUUUUUGACUUGGCAGAGCUUCGAAGCUAUCCCAAGCUUUGUUUCGGAAAUUAGCGUUAAAUUUCUUCGUUCUCGAGUCCGGAGAGUCUCCAUCAGAGUUAGAGAUAUAUAUAUAUACUUUUUUAUUUUUUUGAGAAAGAAAUGGAGGAAAUUGUUCUUGAAAAUCGGAGGUUCUGAGAGAGCACUUUCUCUCCGAUCAUGCCGUUUCCGAUGAAAAUACAGCCGAUUGAGUCACACGCGGGGCCUGUGGAAGCGGAGACUAGGUUCGAACCGGUGAAGCCGGUGGCCAAGUCACGGUUCAAGAGGCUCUUCGAGCGACAGUUCACGAGCGUAUUGAGAACAACGACGCCUGCGGCGGCGGCGGCGGCGGAGGAGAAGGUCGUCGUGUGCGGCGUCGAGGAGCUGCAUUUCAACAAAGACGGCUUCACGGACUUGGCCGGCGGCGAGUUCGAGCCGAGCUCAGUCUGCUUGGCGAAUAUGGUGCAGAACUUCAUCGAAGAGAGCAACGAGAAGCAAUCGUCGGCCAGGUGCAGCCGGAACCGCUGUAACUGCUUCAACGGAAACUGCGACGACAGCUCCGACGACGAAUCGGAGCCUUUCGGUUUCGGCGAUUCCAAUCUGGCUUCAUCCGGCGAAGCAUGUGAGCUUCUCAAGAGUUUGGUGUCGUGCCCAAGUCUAUGCGAAAGGAAUUUGCUAGCGGACACAGCUAGAAUCGUCGAGAAAAACAAGAUGUGCAAGCGUAAAGACGACAAUGGCAGACUGGUUGUUACUGAUAAUCUGUUAGCUCUCGGAUACGACGCUUCAGUCUGCAAAACUCGUUGGGAAAAAUCCCCUUCCUAUCCUUCCGGGGAGUACGAGUACAUUGACGUGAUCGUAAAUGGGGAGAGGCUGCUAAUCGACGUGGAUUUCCGAUCGGAGUUUGAGAUUGCUCGACCGACGAAGAGCUACAAGGCGAUUUUGCAGGCUCUUCCUUAUAUUUUCGUUGGGAAGCCCGAUCGGCUGAGGAGGAUCAUCGGAAUUGUUUCGGAGGCGGCGAAGCAGAGCCUGAAGAAGAAGGGAAUGCACAUUCCUCCGUGGAGGAAAGCAGAGUACAUCAAAGCCAAGUGGCUCUCUCCUCACACCCGCCCCACAGUCUCUGUUAAUUCCUCACCGGAUUCCUUGCCCGAAAAGACCGAGACCCAGUCUUUGAUCAAGUCCAUGGAGUUUGAACAGAGUCGUACCGAGUUGGCAAAGUCGGUGGACUCUUCUGAGCCGGAGGAGUCGGUUUUUGAGUUUUCUGAGGGCGAAGAGGAGAAGGCGGUGGUGAAGGAGUGGAAGCCGCCGGAGGUGAAGCCCAGGAUAUCAUCAGGGGUGAAGAUUGUGACUGGUUUGGCUUCAGUCAUGGAAGAUGAAAAUGAGCCAUGAAAUUUUGAUCCUUUUUUUGUUCGCUCUUUUUUGACUAUUAGAGACCUGAAAUAUCGUAUAUGCCUUGUAUAUGCCUAUAUGGUAGCCUAUAACCCUUAUAUGAUCCCUUCUAUGUUUUUGAUGUAAGGGUCGGAGUUUACAAGUAGCAAUAAAAUUCUCGAAGAAGAAACUAGUUUUGAAAAGACCCCCAGAACGUUACCCUUAAUUUGCUUGUUUCAUUUUCUGUAAUGAGGAAGAUGAUCAUAUUUGGGGGAGAA